AUGAACUCCAAGGCAAACGGCUCGAAGCCCAAACAGGCAGUCACCUGCCGCACCUGCAAGGGUGCCCACUUCUCCCUCCAGUGCCCCUUCCGGAGUGAAAUGGAGGCCCUGCGCUCCUUCAUGGACUCUACAAACGCCGGGGGUAUAGAUUCUCAGACUGCUGAUCCUAUGACGAAGGCAGCAGUACAGGAAAUAGCGCCCGAACUCAACACUGGUCGUUACAUCCCUCCGACCUUGCGAGCAGCUGCCGCAGCAGCCAACGGCGUUCCAGAGCGCCGUCGAAUGGAGGGCUUCUCUAUUCGUGUCACCAACCUACCUGAGAAUACCAGCGAAUCCGAUUUGCGGGAAAUUUUCAGCCGUUUCGGUGAUGUUAUCCGCAUCUUCCCUGCAAAGGAUAGGAAGACUCAACUUAAUAGGGGUUUUGCGUUCAUUUCCUACGCCACUCAAGAGGAGGCUGCUUCUGCCAUUUACUCGGCCAACGGCAUGCACUACUCUCACCUCAUUCUAAAGGUGGACUGGGCCCACUGUCGCAAAGUAGUUGGUAUUCUUGGAAUUGCUCACGGAGGAGGAAUCGUAGUCGCUAAGAUUUUCAUGGGGAAGCAGGAGCUGCUCGAUUUUAUCAUCACUUUGAGAUACUUUUCUCGGAUUGAGUGA